AUGGCUCAACAGCAACACCAACACGCAGAGCCACCCCAGCAACUCCAGCAGCAUCCCCCCCGUCAUGAACCUUUACAGAUCCCCCCUGAGCCGCCCUUCCAAACCACGAACGGCCUUUAUUGGGUGUUGAAAUGCCGGGGCCUGCACACGGCCAAACUCCCUACGGGCUCAGUACAACUUCCCGUGUAUAGUCAGCUCGGAUGCGGGCAGUUCGGCAGAGUCUUCGAGGUUCUCCCCGCGCAGCCUCCAGAUUCAGCUCCUGCUUUUGCUGCGACUCCCGCAUCAGACAGAGCCGCAAAAGAAGGAGACUUACCAGCACAGACUGCACCGCCUUCUACAUCAGCAUCUGCAGUGCCCGGAUACGCACAGCCUCCCAGUGUGCUCCCACAUGGACAGCUGUAUGCAGCAAAGCUCUUGCUGCUCUCCAACUUCCCCACCGAAGGCUCAACCGCCGAUUUGGUCCGGGAGUUUUCUCUGUACGGGGACCUCGAUCCUCCAGGUUCCGAAGGCUUAGGUUUUGCAAACGUGUUGAGGGUUUACGGGCUUACCAGCUGCGUUACUUUCUCGAAGCCGUUCGCAGAGGUCUACCUCUCAGGUGUCCAGACGGCUGGUGUGCUAGUGGUGGAGCGAUGCGCCUCUGACUUGGCGGCGUUUGCCCGACUGCUCCACGCACAAGGGAAGUUGAAUCACUCGGCACUCAAAUUUUAUGCUUGGCAGCUCCUAAACGGUGAGCAAGUGCUUUGGGCUCUGGCGCUGAAAGACAGGCUUCAAAAGCUAGGGUCUAGUCUGAGUGCAGCCUGGACAGUCAUGGUUCUAGGAUUUUUGUGUAGCGCGGCUGCAUGGUCGUGGAGUAAUUCACAGGGAUUUGAAGCCCGAGAACAUUUUGGUAGCGGCUGCCAACGUUCCUGGAGGUCAGCAGCUUUUGCGGGAAGGUGUCGCCAUCCUCAAAGUGGCGGAUCUCGGUAUGGCCAGAAAGAUGAGAAGCUACCUAGGACAGGAGCCUGCAGGCAAGGGCGAAAAUGCACUACAUACACUGGGGGAUGCCCUAUCUCUAUUACAUUGGAGCCAGAGGACACGGUUCCAAGAAUAUUUGAAGAUAUAAUAAGAACCUGCGCCUCUUCCCUCCCUCCCCGCGAGGACUCUCCAGCCAACGAGCAGCAGCAGCAGCAGCAACAGCUCCGUCUUGUCAAGAAUCCAGAGGACUGGUGCCUGUUGACCAUGCGGCAGUCUGGCCGCGUGGUGACUCUCCCGUACCGUCCCCCGGAGAUCCUUGCUGCAGCAGCGAAUAACCUGAGUGCUGCUAAGCUCCCCGUUGCGUCUUACUCCUCUGCAUGCGACGUUUGGUCCGUGGGGGUAAUCCUCUUGGAGCUGUGCCUUCCCCAGAAAGCCCCACGACCGCAUCGGUGGAACUUUGCAUUUGUGCUGCACGCGGUAGGCCGUGCGGCGUUUCAGAUGGAGUUUAUGGUCUUGGAAAACAUUUUCAAGGUUCUAGGCAAGCCUCAGGAGCACGAUCAGCUCCUCGACAUGACGAGGUUGGCGGGUGACCAAAGAUCAGACUUGAUGACCUUCCUGGGAGCCUUUCCUGCCUUAUCUCAUGGGGAACGAAAAGCAGCUUUGUUGGACUUCAUCCUUGAGAGGGGCGGGUUGCACCUGGAUGCCCUUGGAUUAGACCUCCUUGCCAGGCUUCUACACGUCUCGCCCGCGCGCCGCCUUUCUGCGCAUUGCGCUCUGUCGCAUCCGUGGUUCAGCGACUUACCCUUUGAGAAAAUGAAUCGACUUGGUCUCUCCUUUCACCUUGCUGAUUUGGAAAUACCGUCCCUAAGGGCAACCCUUCCUUCGCCGCUGCGUCGUUGUCUAGUGGCGUGGGAGUCGCGGGGCCGCUGCCCCUCCAGCACGAGGUUCACUUGCCACGCGUUGCUGCAGCAAGCGUUGCUGCAGCAGCAGCAGCAGCAGCAUCAGCAGCACCAACAGCAGCAGCAGCAGCAACAGCAGCAGGGAUCUCUCGAGGUCGCACGGCCAGGAGACGCUACUCGCCGUCCCAGCAACACCGCAAGUGCACAGAGGCUUCGAAGCAGCAGCCGCAGCAGCACCUCCAGCAUCAAGUCGGUUGCCGCAGCCGGUACGGCUGCGCCUGCGCGGAAGGGCAGCGACAGUGCCCCCUUAGGGCCUCCAGUGGGGGUACUCACCACAAAAUCUGCUUCGCGGAGUUCCUCACAGUCAUGCCUUCCGCUAAACAGGGCAGGCGACCAGAGGCAAAGGCCUGUGCAGCAGAAACAAAGGGAGGGGCCCCCUCAGCCUGCGACUUUUAAGCGGCGGCCUCAGUGCGCGGGUAGCGACGACGAAGUUGUCAGAAGUCCCUGGCGUUGUGCCCGUCCUGCUGCAGUCAGCGCCUCCACUUCUGCCUUACCCUCUCUUCCUCCUCGCCCUCCUGUCACACAACGGCCCCCCCCACUUCCUGGGGGUCUCCCUGUGGGAAAUCCCAUGGCAACAGUAGCUGCUUCAGCUGCAGCAGCAGCAGCAAGCAGAGGCAAGACUGUGUCUCCUUGCAAGUGCCAGCGUGCUACAACAGCGCUGGAGUUCAGGUCCGGGGAUACCACCCCUUACCACGACGCCCUCUCAGAUCGCAGCUGCUCCCCACUUGCUGCCAUGGCCUGUGUUGCUGGACCCGCUGACACUACCGAUGCUGCUCACUGUAACGAUGAGAAUGUGAAUUCGUCCCAAGAUGCGACAGCUAUGGACGCCUCGGCUAACACUUCCAGCACAAGGGCGCGGAAACGGGGGCUCCAUACAGGUGCACUCUUGAGGGGGUCUUUACAGGGACAGGGAUCACUUUGCCCCCCCGAUGCGGCCGAUGGAAAAGGCCAGAAAACACUUCGCAGGGCUAAGAGGCUAAGGAGUGGGUCUGGCACUUGA